AUGCGUCUGCUAGUGCUGCUGCCUGCGUUGCUGAGUGUGUUGCCCGAAAUCGCGGCUAAUUCAGCCACACACUGCGUCAAGUGGCGCUCCACCUCAAACUGCGAUCCGCACGGCGUACGUGAGCCGCAAAAUGAUGCCGCGUGUUCGAAGCGUAUCGCCUCCGGACUCUCUGGCUACUGCGAGUGCGAAGGCCGCCGCCGCGUCCGAGAGGUCGAAUGCGACCACCACGAAUUCACCUGUGAGGAAGCUUGCGCGCAGGACUCCUCCGUCGACCUCAGCUACCCGCAAGGUUUCGAGCAUGUGACGUGUGGUAGCUCCAUCAAGCUGGUGCACGAGCCGAGUCGCUACCGUCUGCACUCUCACGAAAUCACGUAUGGCAGCGGUAGCGGUCAGCAGUCGGUCACUACGCACAUGGCGCGCAAUGACGUCAACAGCUACUGGCUCGUCAAGGAAGGAGACAGUGCUCCAGUAUGUGAAGUGGGCAAACCUAUUGAGUGCGGUGCUACAAUUCGACUGGAGCACAUGCAGACGCGACGUAACCUUCACUCUCACAUGUUCAAGGCGCCAUUGUCGUCCCAGAACUUGGAAGUGAGCGCCUUCGGUGUGGCAGGAGAAGGAGAUCGAUUGGACUCGUGGAUUGUCGAGUGUCAAGAGAACCAGCAGUGCUCAGCUGACGGCCACUGUGAAGACGACGGACUCUGGAAACGUGGCGAGCUCGUACGUCUACGUCAUCGAUCUACAAACCACCUGCUCACCACGAGUUCCAAGUCUCGCUUUGAUGACAGCAAUUGCCCGCGUUGCCCCAUUAACGGCCAGCAGGAAGUGAGUGGCAGCUCCAUGCGCGAUGAAAACACCCUCUGGUUCGCUGGAGAAGGUAUCUACGUGACGGAAUAA